AUAUUUUGGUCCAAUUUGUUCAUCUUCUUCGUUCACCGCCAAAAAGCUUCGGUCUUUGAGGAUGAUAAGCAGACUCCAGCUUCCUCCUCCCUCAUGUUUCAUCUUCUUCUUUCCUCCGUCAUUGGCCGGCUCUCUUAAACCUUUGAAAAACCCAAGUUUCGGAAAACCCCGUUUCACCCUUUCUCUCAAUACCCAAUUUUCCGACCGCUCCGACUCCGGCCUCCUUUUCCGUGAGAAAAUACUCUACCUCGAGAACCACCUCAAUGUCGAUUCCCGCAAAGCCUUCCGGGAGAAUCCCCAUUGUCGCUCUGCCUCUCUCUCCACUCUCAAAUCCGUCGAGGUCUGUCUCUCCUCCAUGGGACUUGACCGGUCUGCAGUCGGCCGCGUUCUCGACAUGUACCCCAAACUCCUUACUUCCAAUCCGGACUAUGAUAUUUACCCCAUCUUCGAUUUCCUUCUUAAUGAAGUUCAAAUUCCGUUUCCCGACAUUCAUAAAUCCAUAAUUCGAUGCCCUAGAAUUCUCGUCUCCGACUUGGACCAUCAAUUGCGACCUGCUUUGAAGUUCUUGCGUGACUUGGGUUUUGUUGGGUUGAAAGCUAUCACGUGCCAGACGACAUUGCUACUGGUUUCGAAUGUUGAACAUACCCUUUUGCCUAAGAUUCAGUUCCUUGAGAACUUGGGCUUAUCGCAUGAGGAUGUGGUUAAUAUGGUGUUAAGGUCUCCCGGUUUGUUGACUUAUAGCAUUCAAAACAAUUUGGUUCCUAAAGUGAAUUAUUUCUUAGGAGAUAUGAAGGGUGAUUUGUUGGAAUUGAAAAGUUUUCCGCAAUAUUUUUCGUUUAACUUGGAGAGGAAGAUUAAGCCGCGUCAUCGUUCAUUGGUUGAACAUGGUUUGUCACUUCCUUUGUCGAAAAUGCUGAAGGUUAGUGACGGGGAGUUCAAUGCAUGGUUGACAGAAAUGCGGUGCAGGUCGUUGAUGGCUGAUCGUUGAAGAACUGUGGUGGAAAUGAUUCUACAGCUCUAUCGACAAGACCAGGCAUUCUACCAUAUUCAUCUUUUAAUGUGCUGACCUUGACUAUCUAAAUUAGAUGGGUUGGAGGGAUUCACACGAUUGUUCCCAUCUCGAGUGAUAUCAUUAGUCAGAAUGUUUGCUAUUUAAACAGAGAAUACGUAGAAGACAGAGACUCAACGCUUCCACAAUUGCCCUUUGUUGAUGCAAUGCCGGCCCUGACUACUGUAAUUUGUUGAGAACUUGAGAGACUUGCAAGUUUGGCUCCCAUCCCAAAUGACUGCAUCACAUCUGGAAGAUUGCUGUAUAAGUAGAAAAUAACGUGAAAACUAUAGGAUUCUCCUUGCAUCCCUACCAUCAAUUGAAUUUAAUUUCCUAUGAGAGGCAUUGUAAGAACACUCAACCUGUAUAUUCUAAAUCUUUGACCAUUGUUUGAAA